AUGCUUCGCCCAAGUAUCAAGGAAGUUGCACUCAACGAAGUACUGUUAAAGAGUCCUAACCUUAUCAACGACAUAGGUGCUACCCUUCUACUCUUAAGAGAAGGGCCGGUGUCCCUAUCUGGGGAUAUUCAACAAAUGUUUCUUGAAGUUGGCGUGAAGAAAGAAGAUCGCUCCGCCCUACGACUUCUAUUGUGUCCACCUGGCUCUCGAAAAAGACCCACCGUAUAUGAGAUGCAGGAGACCUUUGGAUCAGUCUCAUCCCCUUUCAUCUGCUCACAAGUGCUCCGACAUAUUGCUGACCUACAUCGUGAAGAAUUUCCUGAAGCUACUGAAAAGGUCUACAAGAACUUCUAUGUGGAUAACCUUCUGGAUUCUUUUUACACCGAAGAUAAGGCUAGUCGAGCAGUCAAAAAUUCUACGGCAUUGCUAAAAAAGGGAGGAUUUUAUCUAAAUCAAUGGCUCUCUUCAUCUCGACGGGUAUUGUCUCGCAUUCCAGAAGGUGAUCGUAAUCAACCUCGCCUGAAUUUAGAUAUAGAAGAUUUACCUACGAAGAGAACCUUAGGCGUUUUAUAUGACAGCGAAAGUGACAGCUUCGUCUUGAUGUUAAAACUGACGUUGAAGCAAGGACUAAGAAUCGGAUCUUGA